CUCUUCUUCUUGCUGCUCGGCACAUUUUGUAUGAGCGCUUGUCAAAAUACGAGAAAUUGAAAUUGACUUCCUUUUUACUCAGCUUUCGAAAUCGCAAACCAGUGGAAUAUUCGAUUAGGCGUGUGUGUGCUGCAGUAAAAGCAUCAAAUCACUUACAAAACGCGCAACGUUCAAAGAUCGUGGCGGUGAAAAAGCAACAAGAAGCCACCGCGAGACGAGCAUAAUUCCAAGAAAGAAGCAAACGAAAACGAAAAAAAAACUCGUGGACAAAAUUCACUUCGUUUACUUUCGUUAAGUUACGUUGUUUUUUUUGACGUGCAACCGCGUACCGUACCAUAACGUAUCGUCACGUUCCGGCGGCCGACCCCCCCACACACUACACCGCACCGCUCCUCACCUUUCCUCUUCAUCGGACCGUCCCCGCCCUAGCUCCCGCUGUCGCGCCGCAUUGCUUCGCUCCGCCCGCCCGCCAACCGCUCGGCCCCCUCCGGCUUUCACGUUCUAUGGUAUUUCAACAAUAAAUUCGUUUGCCAGGCAAAUUACGCAAAAUAAUCCCCAUAAUCAAAAUGAGCAGCUCCGAGGAAGUCUCUUGGGUCACCUGGUUCUGUGGGCUUCGUGGCAACGAGUUCUUCUGUGAGGUUGAUGAGGACUACAUACAGGAUAAAUUUAAUUUAACUGGAUUAAAUGAGCAGGUGCCCAAUUAUCGGCAAGCCUUGGACAUGAUACUAGAUCUAGAACCGGGUAAGUGUCCCAACGAACCCCCCAAUCGACGAAAUAUGUUUACUUACUUUUGCCAUUUCUCCCUUACCCCCACAGAGGACGAACUGGAGGACAAUCCCUUGCAGUCGGACAUGACCGAACAGGCCGCCGAGAUGCUCUAUGGCCUCAUACACGCUAGAUAUAUAUUAACAAAUCGCGGCAUCGCUCAAAUGAUUGAGAAAUAUCAAACUGGCGAUUUCGGACACUGCCCACGUGUCUACUGUGAAAGCCAGCCAAUGUUGCCUUUGGGCCUUUCGGACAUACCCGGUGAGGCAAUGGUGAAGACCUAUUGCCCAAAGUGCAUUGAUGUCUAUACACCAAAAUCGUCACGUCAUCAUCACACUGACGGCGCCUACUUUGGUACUGGAUUUCCACACAUGCUCUUCAUGGUGCAUCCCGAGUAUCGGCCCAAGCGUCCUACUAACCAAUUUGUUCCACGGCUGUAUGGCUUUAAAAUUCACAGCUUAGCUUAUCAAAUUCAGCUGCAGGCAGCAGCCAAUUUCAAAAUGCCACUACGAGCGCACAUAGAACUCAAGAAUUCCCAAGAAUCGACCAAAAACAACAAUCAAGACGGGACACGCCCAGACACACCGCACACCAUGUGUGCCGCAUGCCAUUAUGCCCAAAAUUAUGUUGCCGAAUCCGAUACAUGGUCAUCCAUCUCGUCACACAUUUCAAUGGCGGAAACGAACUCAGUGGCUCCGGCUCCAACAGCAGCAGUAGCAGAGGCAGCAGCAUGUGUAGGUCCAGUGUACUCUCCAACGGAUUGUGCUUCGUUUUCAUCGUUAUCGUUAUUAGAGUGAAACGGGCCAUCUUACUAGCCCUGUUGGGUGUGCUCUGUGCUGAAUGAGAUUGAUCAGAACAGGAAAAAUGAAGUUAUCGAAUACCAUACGUACACACCCUUCAUGUCAAGUUUCACAGUGUCGGAAUUGAGCUCAGGGGGCCGAGAAGAAUAUUUCCAGGAUGAAGCUUUACAAGAUGAAGGAGAGAAGCCAGCCAGUAAUGGCGAGAGAAAGAGAGAAAUAAAGUGAGAGAGGGAGAUCCAACUGGUAGUAGGCGGAAACAGAGAGCAGAGGGCAGCCACUGCACAGAUCCUUAGCACACAUAAAACAUAAACAUAACCCACACAUAAACACACAACACACACAUAGCAAAGCACAAAUCAACACAAAAGCAAAUCCGCAACAUUCUCAAACAAACAAAAAAGGAGACAAACUUCCAUGCGGAAACACUGUGGGCUGCGGCAAGUGUUGCCUUAUUCAUCGCAAAAGCAAUAAUAAUAAUACCUUUAUAACAAUUAUAAUCGCAAACAAUUGGAAACCAAACAAUCAAUCAAAACUGAAAGAGUAAGAGAAAGAGAGAAUGAAGCGCUUAACGAUAUACCGAAAUAAAGGCACCCGCUUGUGCGGAGUGUGUAUUGCGAUCAGUAGUGUUGUACUCGUAGAGUUUUUCCCCCAGUAAAUGGUUGUUUGACCUUGUUCUAGUUAUUGUACAAGUAGAGGAAAGUGUUGCGUUGCCACCGCCACACCAACCACCACCAGUUUAGUUUUAGUUCUGUAAGAGGGUCCAAAAUUUUCAGAAUCGUUGCAAGCCCCAAACACCCAAACGCCCGCGCCAUCGUGUUGCUUCUGUUUUUAUACAUUCUAAACGCAUUUCCUGUACUCGCAGAGAACUUCAGAAUUGUACUAUUGUUGAAAAGAAUUUGAAUUGGAAUUUGAAUUUGAAUUUGAAUAUUGCAUUGCCUUUUUUAAUCUGCCAAAACGUAAUAAUACCUACAAAUAUAUAAUUGUAUAAUUUUUUUUUGAUUUUUUUUUUCUGUUAAGACAUGAAAUAUUAAUAUUUGCGUAACGAUUAAUUAUUAAAAAAAAAAGAAGUUGCGAAACAAAACAAACGAACGACAAAAAAAAAGAGUAAACAAAAACACCUAUACAAUAAAUUGAGAAACUUUUUUUAAGCAAAUUAGGAAUUAAUUAU